AUGCCCAACUCCUGCGCCAGGGAUCGUGCCUCCUCCUCGCUCCUCCCCCAGAGGGCACAUCUGGCCCCUGUGUGUUGGGCUGCUGCACUCCCUAGCUCCUGUGGUGMCAUCUACAAGAGCUUUGCUCAGUGUCUCCUCACUCUGGGGGACAGUCUGGGUGACACACAGAAAGAGCAGAGCGCACAGGACAUUGACACAGUCUGCAGAUCAUGGGAUGCGUUCCAUGUGUGUGCGAAUGCGGCACUUGCCGGUUGUCCUGGAGACGCAGCGGCUGUGUGGGAGUCUCUGAGGCAAGAGUCCAGGAAGACACAGUUUUCUGGAAACCUCUAUGACAUGUGUGCCAGCCGCACCACACUGGCACCCAAUACAGUGCCCAUGCCACCCUCCCAGAGGCCACCAACYUCAYACCAGACCAAUCAAGAAACUCUWAAAGGGUACACGCAUCACCUUGGACCCGCCUACACCACACUUUUGCUCUCAGCAUGCAUCUCUCUACUGCUCCUGCUCAGGAUGUAGCCCUAGCCUCCCUCAGACUGCUAUAGGUUCUCUGUGAGCCUUGUGUUUUACUGUACUGAGCAUAAAAUGAACCAACACACACCUGUAAAAACCCCUCACUCCAACACACACGCAAGCACACAUCCCCUCACUCCAAAAUGCAUACCUCCUCCAACACGCAUACACACACAGGCAUGUACAUGUACACACACAAACACACACACAGAGUAACGCAAGAAAACACUCCCAAGCGUUAUGGACGUCACUAUUAUGCAUAUUAUGUAAAAUAACGUUUCCAUGUCAACCUCUCUGUGCAAUUUUCUGUAUACCACCUAUCAUUGAUAAGAGGGAAGUACUGACAUUACUGAUAGAGUUGCUCUAUAAUCUACACGUUAUGUGAACUCUGUUUUUAUAUGUGACAUGUGUAGUGGGGCAAUAUUUGAUACAUGUAUGUAUGCAUACAUUAUUAUUACCUCACAUGCAACUUYUAAAUAAGACUAAGCAAUUAGCCCAUUAAAUGAAUUAUCUGACUUCAUAAGAUAAAUAACAAUAUGCAAGAGACUGUAGUUAUACUAUGUGCAAUCAAGUAUUAUGCUGACUAAUAUCAAGGAAUUGUCACGAGAAGCAAAUAUCAAAGCAAGUAUUACUUAAUAACUUUAUAAAAUGAAUGGAUUCACAUACAAGACAUAAAGCUUAAGUUACAAAGCAUUAACAAGCAUUAUACUAGGCAUGGUCAGAGAGAGAGACAAAGAAACCAUAGCUUGAGCCAUGGCACAUAGCUCAUGGGAGAAAGUAAGAAAGAAAGACAGGAACAAAAAAUAGAAAGAACYAAUCUAAGACCUUUUAUAACAUCUGAGUUGUUUGGAUUCAGAAUCUGAGUUGUUGACCAAUAGUAUUACUGUAAAAUUAGAUAUCAGAUAUCAGACCUACAGAACCCCUACACCUGUAUACACUUUCGUGUUUUUAUAUGAGCUAUGAAAGAGUUCACCUGUAAAAUGUAUUUUACUCAGCCACCAACUGACUAAAUCCCUAUAUUCCCCAAUCAUUGAUUKUUGCAUUGCCUGUGUGGGCACUGGGCAUGGAAUAGCCACCACACACAGUGUGCCUGUAGACUUAUUAUGUAAUGAUUCAUCAUAAUGUAAAAAUGGUAUCGGAAGCUGCACUUCACUUAGAUACAUGUUUGUUUCCAGUUUCAUGUGAGAUUGCUCAGAGCUGUUGCUUUAAGGGGUGCAUGCUUUGUUUCAUUCAAUUACAAUUGAUGUGAAAUCAGACACACAGUUGAUUAAUCCAGACAGUUAGAUUUGAUAAUUCAUGCAUUKAUUUGUAAUAAAAUAUAUUUACAAGGA